AUGAUGGAGGCAUUUAUUAUUGAUCCAGCUAGACUAAUAAGUGACAUAGUGGGUGGGUAUUUUUUGAGUCAAUAGUCAAUAAAUUAGGAAAUUCAGCCUAUCUUUGCGUGGUUAAAACCCAAUUCACACAGCAAAUGAAAUUUUUAUAAGCGAUUUUCACACAUUUUCUCCUAAUGUUCUUGUGUGGCAAAGAUUCAGCGCUGAUAUAAAGCCGCAAAUUUACAAUUAUAAUGUAAAAUUCUUGAUGUUGUCAAAGGCCAUGCAUGGGUGCGAUAAUUAAUUCUUCGUAUAAAUUUUGUUAAACUCGUGAUCAGCUCGCUUCGAUCAGACAGAUUUUACACUUAUCAUAUGCUUUACGUAAUUUUAGUUCGAGCAUGUAAUUGCAUGUGGAAUGGCUCAAUAUUUUCCUUGUUUUAGAUUUAUUUUCGAAAUCCUAAGAUAUGAUCAUGUGUUUCUGUCCCGUACUGUGUCCUUGAUGUAAACUAGGUCAAAGUAUGAAGCUUGAGCUGAUCGCUGAAUUCAUAGUUUUAUAUGCACUUUUUGCUUUAUUUUUUGGCUACAAACAAUUGCUUCCAUGAUCAUCUAAAUGAUGAGUCAUUUAAUGGGGGCUUUAUGACGGAGGCAGAGAACGUGUUUCCCUGGGUAAUUUCUAUUUUCUUGCAUGGGUAUUGAACAAAAAUCUACUAUCAUCUUUAAUUAAAAUUGUGGGGUGUUUUGGAUUUUUAGGUUGCAUAUCAGAAUUAAGAAAUGUACACCAGUCAUCACAAUUACCUGUGACUGAUGAUGAGACAAUUCUUCAUAAGUUUUGUGUCAAGCUUGAAACAGUUCUAAGACACGAACAGAAGGGUAUGUGUCUAAAAGUACUAGAUGCUGAUCUAUAUUUUUGUUGUCUCCUUUGUUUUUUUUUUUAAAUUUUAAUUAAUAAGUUGAGUUACAAAUCAAGCUAGAGCUCCAAAAAUUUGGCUUCAUUCUGGCUUGUUUCUGACAUUCGCAAAAGUGCUUGAUCUCCACCUCUUGUGAUAGAUGUCCUUCAAUAGUCUAGCCCUGUUAUGUCUUGGAGUGGCCAAGACAGAAUUUCACCCUACAAUAGCUACUACAAUAUCUAGCAGACAAAAACUAUCAACUAAGGGAUCAUUUGCUAAUUAAAUACUUAAUUGUCAGAACUAACAUCAGAAGAAUUGUGUGGCCAACAUUAAGAAGAAUCGCUAAUGAGAUCUUGGUGGUGAAAAUGGUUAACUAUUGUUUUUUAACCCUUUAACUCUUAAGAUCUGAUUGUUAAUUCUCCUUUCUGGCUGUUACACUUUUCCUAGUAAAUUAGUGAUGAGAAUUCGGUGUUAGAUCAAGAUGACAACUUUGAAAUGAUAAGUCCAAGUAUUCUUGUUACCUGUUUGCUGGAUAUUGUAUUUAUAUUUUAAGGAGAAGUUGCAUGUUAAUCACUUCUGGGAGUCAAAGGGUAAACUUACAGAGGGUUUUGCUGGUUGGAUGUUAUUGGAGUAAUGAAUACAAUAAAAAAAAUGUGCUAUAAAUGCGCAUAUAUAGUAUCACUGAUUGUCGUUUUUUUUCCCUCAACCCAGAUAAGUACUCUCUCCUUGGAGUUAGAAAGGAUUACUGGAAUUUUAUUAGUGAAUGCAUUCCUAAAGAUGAUGGGGUACGACUUGUUCAUGCCAUUCCGCAGGUAUUGUACACAUGUAUAUUCAAGAUAAGCUAAGUACAGGUGUUUUUUGUUGUUAUCAGUUUCCAUUUAUUGUUGCUAUAUUGUAAAACAAUUGGCUUUUUAUGAGUUAGAUUAUUAGUCAGAUGCAUUUACAUAUUAACUACUAUGUUCUGUGUCUCAAAAACAAAGUUUAAACAGAAAAUAGCUAGUUUAAAGACAGUUUAACCACAACAGACAAAGGCAGUUCCUCCUUUUGGAAGUCACAGCAUCUUCAAUUGGUGAACAUUUCCUUUAUUAUUUUCAACCCUGAAUGUUUGAUUCAGGAGUGAAAAUGUAAGAAAAAAUAAGAUGCUUGUUACUCUUGGGAUUCAAGGGUGAAAAUUUAUUAAAAUGUAAUUAAUUUGUAAAGGAAAAUAAUUAUUCUGAAGGGUUAAGAACUAAUCUACUUAUUCAUUAGUCAGUGAGAAAGCAUCUUGCUUCAAAAAAUAGGAAUAUGAUAUAUUUUGUCAAUGUUAGAUGUGGAGUUCAUAAUUUAAUUUGUAGGAGUGUAUAUGAUAAGCUAAAUUAUGCAUAUGGUUUGAUUGGUUCUUACCAAUGAUCUAUUGGAGAACAGAAGCAAAGAUGAUGUCACCAUUUGCUACACUCACUAUUUAAAAUGAAUAGCUUCCAUGUUGCUGUAGGUGUGUUAAGUAAAAGAUCACAACUAAGAAACUUCUAAAUGUAGCAAGAAAUUCAGUGACACACCAAGGCUUGUGUGUCACUUCUUUUUUCUAACCACAUUUUGACAUCAUCUGCACAGCAACAUGGAGUUUAUUUGUAUAAUAUUUGAUGCUGUUUCAUUUGAAGGUCAAGACACCUCAGGGCAAAGGACGAGCUUUUAUUCGAUACUCUCUGACAAAAAAGUCAUUGGCUGAUGCAAUUCAAAGGUGCUUGGUUAAACGAAAACAACUGAGGUAGAGAAUUUGAAAAUCUGAUUAUUUGCUAAUUCUGUACAUAUAUAUAUCUUUGAUUCCAUGUGUUAUAGAUUAUGAGCAUUCCCUGCUUUUUGGUGAAGUCCAUUGUAUGGGUAAAAAAAGCAAAUAAAAAUGAUUGAUGUCUGCUCACAACUUAGAACUCCCCCAAAUCUGCCAAUAUUUGUACUUUCCCAUCUAAUAAGAAUGCUGCUUUGCAAGUUAGGGUUGCAUUGACAUUUUUCACAUUGCUUUGAUUCAAAAAAAAAAAAGUUUUUGUAAUUGUUUAGUUAAAAUAUGUCACUUUAUAUGAAGGUUGACCAAGUAUAGCAGUACUUAUUUUGCUGUUAACACUUUCAUUUCAGUGCAUACUUUGGCCCUGAGGCAAUUCUCUGCCACCCAUCUUUGUCAACUGCUCUGGUUAACAAGUUGUAUGACUUGAAUGAUCUUGAGUUUGAUCUUCCUGUUGCUGGACAUGAGCUCGAUAUUUCAUGGCCAGCUUUCACAAGGUAUAGUUAGUUGGUAAUUAUGCGUGGAUCAAUUUGAAGUUUUAACAUCCUCCCCCUUCAGCAACCCAUGGUCAUAAGACUGUCCUCUGUGACUGAGGGGUUGGGGAAUUUUGAAACUUACCUGGCUGUGGUGAGGAAUUUGAACCAGAAGUGUCAAGUCUUUCCAGCAGAAAAAAACUAUUUUAUCUUUUAAUAUGGAGUUUUCAAAGGUAACAAGUUUACUUUUGCAAGCAAAUGACUCAGAAGAAAAGGUGUACAAGGUUUAAAGCUUGGUCAAUGAGUAGAAAGUCACAGUUUCUGAUUUUGCCUUUUACAAAAAAAUUUCACCUAUCAAAUCUGUCACUUGGGUAAGGCAUUUGAACAAUCCGAUCUUCAAAAAUUCAAAUACCCAGGGGGUUGCCAUUGUCGUAGUGGAUUUGAAAUGAUUGACGCAUUACCUAUCAGAACAGGUUAUAGAGGUUAUACUCGUGGACAGGAAUAUCAUCCAGCCUAACUGUUUUGUUUUGUUGUUGUAGGAGACCCUUAGGAGAUCGUCAAGGCUCAGUGUCUGGUCGAAGAAGCAGUAUAAGCAGUGUAACUAGUGUCGAUUUAAGGGUGAGCAGCGAUCCUAAAUUUUUUCUAGGUUUUAUUUCCGCAGUUCAAGUUUACGAUAUCCAUAUAUUCACAGUUGUUCAUCCAUCACUACACGGUUUUAUUACCUGAACUAACUUGAUAACCAGCUCCUAGUUGGCUUGUUAGCUCAGUUGGUAGAACACUGUACCGGUAUCACGGAGGUCAUGAGUUUAAAUCCCGUUCAGGCCAGAAUUUUUUUCAGGCUUUGUUUUCACUUCUGCUUAGCAGUGUUCGGUAUGCAAUGAUCACUCUCAUCUUCAUUUAUUAAUCUGCAGCACGAAUAUAUGAUAUUCAUAUAUUCACAGUCGUUAAUACUUUAUCAUGCUCCUUCUUUAGAUUAGAAAAAAUGUAUAUUAAUUCGUUUCCACAAGAAGGUUUUCCGAAAAAAGAUGUUUCAACAUUUGUCACCGUGGAAGAGCCCUCGUGAGGUUCGAACCUUAGACUUCGGAGUAACACAUUCUUUCCUCCUUCGAUUGGUUGUUGUGGUUACUUAGGUUUUGAUUCCAAAAUGCCUAAAUGAAAUCCCUGUAAAUCUGUAAGCCUGAUCUUUUAAAUGAUUGUUUCUUGUGUUAGCUCAGAAUGAUAUCUAGGACCAGAUAACGCAGGAUUUAAGGGACAUGACUUGAAUUCUCGAGCGACAUAACUCAAGUUUUGGGCGAGAUGACAUUCGGUCGACUUGACCGGUUACUGUUCUUUCGCCCGUCAGAUUAUUUUUCCAGACAAAUUAAACGCAAGAAAUGUAUUCGUGUUCUUUUAUCAUUAAUUAUUUGUUUCGUAUUCUCCGUUUAGAAUGAGAGGCCCGAUCCUCUGAUUGGUCUAGCAUCAGAAAUCACCGCAUUAACAACAAUUUUAGGGGAUGAAAAUUCUCUUGGAAAGGCAGAGCGAAGUGAAGCUGGUUUCGAUAAUGUCAGCAUUGGCGAUUCAGCGGUCGAUACCCCCAACAUUACUGAUAUGACGUUGGAAAUUUCUCAUCUUCACCAACGGAUUCUAAAAUGGAAGGGUGAUCUGGAAUCUCAGUUGUCUAAAGCUUGUCAUGAUGCGAAGAAAGCGCACGACGAACGAAUAUUUGCGAACCAAGAACACGAGCUUAAAGUCAAACAACUGAACGAACGAUACACCAAUUUGACGAAAGGUGUGUCGGAAGAGAUGAACACUAAAUUCAAAGAAUUGUCCGGGAAGUUAACAACAGCUGAAAGGGCCCUGAGUGAGAGAGAAGCCGAAAUUGAAAAGCUUAAAGAUGAAGUGAAGGUGUCUGUCAGUGCGUCUCACGAAGCACAAAGAUCCGCGAUAGAACUUGAAAGGAAGAUCACGGGUUCUGAGAGAAAAAAUAGCGAACUGUCUUACGAAUGCGAGCAAUUAAAAGAGCGAUUUAAACGGAAGGACGAGAUGGCUAGUGAGCUGGAAGCAAAACUUUCGGAACUUAGAGAAAAAUGUAACAAACUUGAACUAUCCGAAGCGGAAUCGAACAAGAGAAUCGCGGAGCUACAAGGAGAGGUAAAAGCUAAAGAGGUCGUGUUAAAGAGAGUUCAAGAAUCGUAUGAAAAGCUAAACGGGAUGGUGUUUGGGUCCUUUGAAGAGCUAGAAUCCGAGCUGAAAGGUAGGUUAGUGGAUAGAGAGAGAGGAUUACAAAAUCAAAGCGCUGAGAACAGACGUCUGGAGACAAGCAUUGUGGAGAUCAAGCAACAAAAUAGAGACCUUAGUAAUAAACUUAAGGAAGCUAAUGCAAAAAUCGCCGACCUGGAAAACGCCAGCAUUGAGACUGACACUGUUAUUCGAGAUUUAAAAAAUCAGCUGAACUCUGUAGAACAGAACCAAGACACGUUUAUGUUGGAAUUAAAAGAUACUCUUCAGCCAGGGGAAGGUGUGGAUGUCCCGGAUGGUAACCAUGUGAUGAAGGAUUUUAGAAAAAUGAUUUUAAAGGUAUAAAGUUUGUUUUCGGCAAUACUAACAGUAUGACACUUCCUACAAUUAGAUACUGCAAUUGUUAGAACAUUCAACCUCGGUCCCAAAAUGUACGAGAACUCAGGCGACGUUCGUAGGGACACAUUUCAAAAUUCUUGUGUUCAGGUACUCCAUGGAGCCAAGCUAAGCGGUAGGAACUUUACGCUCCGAUCAGGGACGAAUUUUUAGCCGGCACUGUAAGAAAUAUGACCCUCGUCGUGAAUGGCGUGAUCGUUCAAAGUUUGUUCUUAAAAGGCGAGAUUGCCUGAAUGCGUGGUAGCUAAGCUUAAAGCUUGAAUUUGGCUAAGUUAAGUUUUGCCCAUAGGCAGAUGGUUAAACCGCCACAAAAAGUCAUAACUUAAUCGAUUGGUCAUUUCCUCGAGAACUUAAGGCUCGGUUUGAUUUUUUAAAACGGUCAAAAUAAUAUUUACCUCAUGAAUGAACGCAGCCCCGGAGGUUUUCUUUGUCCCUCUAUGUUUCACGAGAAAAUUUAAAUUGUUAAAAUUCUUCCUGACGGAAGUUACUUGUUAUUUUAGCAAGCCAAGAAUCUUGUAGCUGAAAUGUCCAUCCUCCAUCGUCAGUUGGACGAGAAAAGUACGCAGAAGGAAAAACUAGAGGAGCAUGUAGCUGAGCUGCAGGAUAACAUUGAAAAGAAGAAGAAACAAAUCAUAGAGUAGGUGUCGUGGUGUUCAACACACAGGUGUUGCAUGCCGGCUGUGGUAAAUGGAUCAAAAUGAUGUUUUAUUGUUUAUGUGCUUUCUAAAAAGGUAUCAUGAGUUGUUUACUAUGAAAACUGACGCGUCUCAAAGUAUUUAACUAUUUAACUCCCAUGAGUGAUUAAGACAGAAUUUCUCCUUACCAUAAUCAAUAAGCAGACAAGUGAUGAGAAUCAAGAAACAUAUCAAUUAGGGGAUUAUUGGUUGAUCCAAUGCCAAAUUCUCUGAACUAACGUCGUAAGAAUUGUAUGACAGACAUUGGAGAGAAUUACUAAUGGGAUCUUGGGAGUUAGAGGGUUAACAAUUUAUGCCGCAUAUAUUGGAAAACUCAGUGUAAAUUCAUGUGCGCCUGUUACUAUUUUACCAUUGGGGAAGGGAAUGGGGGCGGAAAAUCAAAAAUUACUGUGUAAUUUAUUCCAGGACCGACUAGAUGGUAACAGUGUUAUUUCAUUUUAGUUUACACGAAGAAGUGGACACCUCUCGCAGGAGAAUUACGUUUAUUGAUGAAGAAAAAGACAUCCUUGAAAAGGUAUGAAUUUUCUUGAUCACGUUAUUUUUCUAGGGAAAUUAUCGCAAUAUGACCAGGUGAUUAUCGCGUUGAUUGCGAGGUCAUUAAAAAUUGUCAAACACUUAUGAAAAAAAUACAUCGAGGCUGGUAUGACGCAUUGUGUUGUCUCUUCCAAGACAUUUCAGAUUCUUUUUGGAAAUUUCAAGCAAACACGUUCAGCAUUGCGCUCUAAGUCCCGUUCGCGAAUUCAUGAUGUUAGCCGUCUUGCUCUUUAUCGCAGAAGGAUUCUCAACUGCACGUUCACGAGUUACAAUUUAUGCUAAAAAAAGUUGCGAUGUCCUCUUGUCUUUGAGCUUCCAGCCUAACAGGAAGCACUGCAUUCUCUCUCUCCAGGAAAAACUUAAGGCAGAUAACAGACUGGCAGAGCUGGAGGAGUCCGAGGAGACUCUGCAGUCCAAUAUCUCUUUCCUUGCAGAAGAAAAAUGCAAAGUCCUCGAUGAAUUGACACAACUGAAGGGAAUUAGAGAAGAAGAGGAAAAACUCAGAUCGGAGGCGCAUGACGAACUCGAGUCCCUGAAAGCCCAGCUUGAAGACACGGCGCAGUCCAAACAGAAGCUAGAAAACGAACUGGCAACUAUCACAGACUCUCUUCAAACUAUGGAUGCCGAGAAGAAAGAUCUGGAUGGCCAACUGAGAUCGCUGGAAGAGAAAAUGUCUUCUGUACACGACGAGAGAAUCGGCCUUGAGCACGAGUUAGAUGUUGCCAAGGAACAAUUGGAGGCAGCCAAUGAGGCGAGAAUUCGGGCUGAGCAGAGUCAGGUCAGGUCACAGGAGCAACUGGAGAGCCUGCAGUGCAUGAUGGAUCAGGAGAUCGCAGCGCUUAAAUUUCAACUCAGUUCGGAGACUAUGAAGUAUGAAACAGAGCUUAAGGUAAGUUCUAUACUUUUCCAUUAAACGAUCGAUGAAAAAUGCCAGAAGGAGAGAGAGAGAGAGUGUGUUUAGAACGUUCACAGAAUACAGUUCACACCACUCAUUUUCAAGGAUUUGUGGUGAACAUAAUCUGUUUAGGGGGUACACGUUAGAGAGCUGGACACUGAAAGCGGCUAAUUAGUUAUCAUUUGAAGCAGGACAAUAGCUCCUGUACACAGAUCAUUAACGGUAUAGGAAUAUACGAUUUAUUGGGACCUUGCCAAGGAAAACCUCAACCACUUUAGUCAAUUUCUAUCAUUUUGCGUGCGAGACAUUUUUUUCAACUUUCCUUCCUAACGAGGUGAACAACAUCCACCUUAAACCUAAGAAAUAUUCGAUACAAGUUUGAAAUUACAAUGGGAAGUGCACAAACAUUUGCAAGGAUAGUUGUGUUUUUUGAUCCCAGGCUCGAACAAUGAACUCUGCUAGUUCUUCUCUCCUAGUGGUAUACUGUAGAUUCGGGAAUCGCCAGUUACUGUGGCGUGGAAAAUCCAACAAAACUUUUGCAGGUCACCUGCUGUGAACUCGCGUUUUGUCUUUAGCGGAGAGGUAGCAAUAGUCUUGGCUCGUUCAGUCCGGGCAGGCUGCUUUACUCUGAGUAAGCUAUUACUAAGUCAAGUUCUCCAUUUUAGACUUUGUCGCAACAAAUCCAAGAGUACAACGGCGUGAAAGAACGUUUAUCAGAACAAGGCGAGAUGAUCACAGACCUGGAGAACCGCUUAAAAGAACGAAAUGAUACCCUGCAACACGACAAGCAUAAAUACGUGACGGAAAUAAAACAUCUACGAAGCGAGGUAGGUGGGCGUGACUGAAACUGGGAUAAGCGCGCACAACGGCCAACCACAAGGUAUUCGAAGCUCAAAAGUUAUUUUCAGUGUGUGUCGAAAAGACUGAGCGAACACAAUGAUUAUUAAUUGCGAGAAAGUUACGUAAUUGUUUUUGUUCGUGGCUUUCGCUUUUUGCAUAGCUAAGCUUUCGCUUUUUGCUUAGCUAAGCUUUCGUUUUUUUACCUUUGUUAACCCUUUAACUCCCAUGAGUGACCAAGACAGAAUUUCUCCUUACAAUAUCAAUACAAUAUCAACCGGAUUAGUGAUGAGAAUUAAAAAAUCAAUUUGGGGAUAAUUAGUUGAUUCAAUACUAAAUUCUCUGAAUUAACGUUAUAUGAAUUGUAUGGUUGACAGUAAGGAGAAUUAAAAAUUUGAUCUUUGGUCAUAUAUUGUGAGCAAGACUUUUACCUGAUCCGAUGAAGUAUUGGUAGUAGUGUUGGACACUGGGCCCAAACGUAGUUGAGUUUUGAUUGACACUGCACGUGACUGCAGUCACACAUGUUGCUUUGAGGUAGUGUUUUUUCUUAGAGAAAAAGGUGUGAGAGAAAAAAACUGUAGUGUUUAUAGCAAGAAAACCUGUGAUUAUGACUAAACUUCUUUUGCCACGGAGGUAUUCCCGAAAGCAGCGUUAAAGUGCGUUCUGAAGGAUCUCUUAGUUUAAGCUUUUGGUGUAUCGCCCGACCAGUGUGGGAACCGUGGUGACCUAAUAGAUAGUGCACUGGGCUCUGAGUGGUCUGGGUUUGAGACCUGACCUGGUCAAUAUGUUGUGUUCUUGGGCAAAACACUCGACUGUCGUAGUGCCUCUCUCCACCCAGGAGUAUGGAGAAUUAUAAGGGAAGCCCGGUGAAAUGCUGGGGUAGGGGUUAACCCCCCCCCCCCGAGGGGAAUAGUGAUACUCCCAGCAGCUCCAUGCUAAGGAAACCGGAAUGAGCUCCGGCUGGGUUAAUCAUUUAGCUCGAGUUUGUCCUUAACCUAUUUAAUUUCGAUGUUUUUAUCCUGCUUUCCGCUUAAGAUGCAACAAUAUAAAAGUGGAUUUGACGAAAACAAGCUUAGAAUGCGCGCAUUGGAAAAUGAGCUUCUCCUGGCUGCCAAACAGUUAGAGGAGGAACGCUCCAGACAAAGAGAACUGAAGAAAAAGGUGGAAGAAUACGAAGAAGAAAAAGAUGUACACAGUCUUCGAUACGAAAAAAAGAUUUCCCAGUUCAAAGAAGACAUGGAUGAGUUGAAAAAAAGGCUGGUAGAAUUAACAAGGUAUAGCGAUUGAAAAGAUUCUUUUUGGCUAAUAGAUAUUUGUCUUGAGAGUAGAAGUGUUGGUUUACCAGUGAGCGCGUUGGACUUAGCUUUUUAAGGUCCGGGUUCGAGGCCGCGCUGAGUCAUUGUUUGGUGUUCCAUACCGUGCUAUGGAAAUAUACAUACAAUGCAUUUCUGUACCAAGACCGUAUAACUGUGCAGGUGGGGAGGGGGGGGCGUUUAGUAAACUUACAUAAUUCCGCGCGGAUAACCUUUUGGUGUUCCAGGGCUCUAGAAAAUUAACGUUUUCUGUGGAGAUAGUAUGUCAAUCUGUAAACGUUAUCGGGAAGAAAUGAAUGGCAGCAAGUAUUUACUCAAAAAAGUAAUUGGCAGUAAAUUGAAACAAAAGCAACAUAUGUGAAUAUGAAAGUGAUCUUCGCAGUAACAAACACUAAUUAAGCAGUAGUGAAAAUAAGGCCUGAAAAAAAUUCAGGCCUGUACGGGAUUUGAACCCAUGACGUCUGCGAUACCGGUGCAGCGCUCUACCAACUGAGCUAACAAGCCAACUGAGAGCUGGUCAUUAUGUUGGUUCCAAAGAAACCCGUGAAGUGGUGAAUAAACGACUGUGAAUACAUGAAAGAUAUAUAUUUGAACUGCGGAUAAAGCAGUUAAAAUGUAUCUAAUUAACGGUCAUUUCUUGGCAUUUUCCUUGUAGCUGCCAUACAUUUCCUUAUAUCCAGGAUAAUUGCUUUGAGUUAUGUUAAGAUGAUACCCACUGCAAUGAUUCGGCAAGAAGAAGGUACACGUUAAUCACUUUUGAUUUUCUUUAGAGAAAAAGCGGAGUUAUGGAAGAAAGCGGAUGACAUGGAGCACGAGAUCAAGGUGAAAGCGGACGAUAGAUGGAUGGACGAUAGUGAAGUUUCUCACUGCCUCAGUUGUAAAGCUGAGUUUUCGUUCCUCUUGAGAAAGGUGUGCUCGUGAACGUAAAUUUUAUUGAACUGAAAAAUAGAUAUAUCGACUUCAUCCUGACCGGGUCACUGGAUACACGUUUCUGAAGCGUGACACUUUUAAUCAGACGAAAUAGUUGAAUGCAUGUCUUGAUCUGAAGUAAAGUCUAAUCUUGGCCUUCUGGUGAACACUGCUCUGCCACAGACUUGAAGGUAGACUAAGCUUUUCCUGAAUCAUUAUCCUGGAACAAUCCAAUUCGACAACAAAAACGACCGCAAUUUUAUGUAGUAAUCCACUUCUGCAAGUGCUGUAAUAUUUCAGGAAUGCGAUCAUUGAUUUGCGAUAGAAUUAAAACAAUGAUGAUGGUACAUUUUGAGAAGUUAGAUAAAGACUUAAAAAUCAAAAAAAAAUUCUCUCUUUAUCAAAGAAAGAGUGCAAGCCUUCCUUUCCUGUUCGAAAAAUAGUCACGAAGAAAGACGCCUUUUAGGGGGAAGGUGGGAAGCUGCUUUUUUAUUAAUGUUUAUUUCUGUUCUUUUCAGCAUCAUUGUAGAGUGUGUGGUCGUAUUUUUUGUCACAACUGCUCCAACAAUUGGGUUCAAACUCCUCACAGCAGGUAUGUCUGGUUUGUUACUUGUACAGCGCUAGAGUCUGAAAGGCAAAACCAAAGUAACUACAACUGUCAAUCUGCGCAAAUGUAAACGUUAGAAAAGAGCUAAUAAGAACUGGAGGCAAGUUGACGCUAACUUCCUCAAGCAAACGUGAGUGACCAGUACGAGAUUAGAUGAAGUUUAAUAUUUGGUUGUUUGAGGAAGUGGUUCGCAAUUUCCUCACCAGUUGCAGAGUAGACUAACACAGGAGUUAUGAAUUGCGAGCUUUAAAGACUCUAUUCAAAAUCAGAACCGUGAGCUGGUACAUAAAAGUUCCGUUUUUUAGCCUGUAACUUUGUUUGGCUCCAACUUCCAGCGGUUAAUGUUAGGAAGCCGGGUUAUGCUCCGGCCGACGUAGUUAUCGCAAUGUAAUUUCUUUUUUGUGAUUUAGAAAACUCCGUCGUGUUUGUGAAGAUUGUUCAAAAUCCGAUAAACGGCUUAAUGCUCAACUUGUGGGAAAACCUUCAGACGUGGACGGCGAUUCGACAUCAGACGUCAGUGAUUUGCAGUCAAAUCGGAGGGAAAGCCUGCUGAGUUUCCAGGAUGACGAAGGGGGCCUGGGCGCUGAUGACGACCCUCAGCCUGGUGCGUGACACAAUUCGCUUAGUGUAGCGCCUAUUGGUUUUUUUUUUGGUCGCACAUCAGUAGAUUAGCGUAGCAAGUAAAUUAUCAGUGUUUCGUAACAAAGAGAGACCAGGAAAUUGAUUUUUAGAAAGACGUGAAAAUUUUCCCAACUCGUUACUACAUAUUCUGUUGGGUAUAGGUCCAAAGAAUGAGGCAGUUUAAGGAGGAUAUUUCUUCUCUUUGGCGCACUUGAGGAAUACGGCUGUGAUGACAAAUCUCUAUAUUUAUAAGCACCUGGCUUAUUUUUGAGCGCGAUUGAUAAACGCUUUGCCUUAGCCUACAUACCUACCUUUCUCUUCUUGUUCUAAUUUAUUCUGUAAUUUCCAUGGUAACUUAUUAGGUCCCAGUACCUCUGGUGUAGUUCUCCCGGGUUGUCCCCAGUCCACCUCCACUCCUAAAAAAUCCGACAGGAAAGGAAGCAGCGAUAAAGAGCGCAGCCAAAGUGUGACAAGUUGUGAGAAUCACAAAUACACCACCUUGAAAAGUGCCAAGAAGUCCGCAGCCAAAGAAGCAGCCAAAAAAACUGUGGAAGAAAAACCUGAGCCUGACCAUUCAUCGAAGGAGGAAGAAGAAGAAGAAGAAGAAGAAUAUGAGUUUUUGGAGGAAGGAGACGAACAAGCGUUUGAACAGCCGCAAGCUCAAGUGGUUAUCUGUGAAAGUGACGUUAGAGAAGACUUGGCGGUACCAGCGUUGAACGAGGAGCCGGGACCGUUUUGGCACGUAACUGUACCCCCAGGAAAACGUCAUUUGAUUCCAGUACUGGUCGGAACUCAGGGAACGUCGCUAUCGUGGAAGUUUUCGACCGAAAAAAGGGUGAAUUAAUCUAUGUAGCGCUGUUACGUCUUUAAAAUUCAGAGGAAUCGAGCUGAGAGAAUAGGGCUGGUUUCAGGGGGGAACAAAGAUUAUCUUUGGGGUAUGAAGGACAUAAGCCUUUAAGGGAGGGUGCAGGCUGACAAUAAUGGUGGAUGGGUUUGAAUACUUUUGAACUAAACGUUGUCAUUACGUUAUAGAGCAUACGCUUUGGAGUUGCCUUCAAACUCUCGGAGACAAAGAAGGACAGUGAGUGCGAGGUAGGAGAUCGUGUCAUUUCAUCGGUGUUACUUACUUGCAUCCAUCGCGACGGGUAAGGUAACGAAUUCGAUCCUAACGACGCGUCGGUCAACGUCUUGACCGACACGUCGGCGACACACUAUCGAAGCCGAGUGGGAUGGAAUAAAAUACCAUAAACACCGGCAUAUCACCGGGUUUUGAAGCUCAAAUUUUGGGGGGGAAAAGCUUCUCAGAAAAAUUGUUUUAAAGCAGUAGAAAGUUAACUCAAAAGUUUCGCUGUAGUGUUUCGUAAAGUCAUCGAUCCAUCGUUUGACUCUUUAUAGUUGAAAAAAAGUAAAACUGUAUACCGCCCUGGACAUAUGAGAAAUGUUUUCUUUGAUACUUUUGACGAGUGCAUUUUCAUUUUUUAAGCGUUCUUUUGAUCGCUAACAAGCAAUAACCAACAUGCUUACUAUUAUGAAACUUGCCAACUUGGCGAUAGAGGAAGGACCUGACACAAGAAUUGUGUGAUUGAUUUGUGGGACUGGGUCGAGAAAGAACAGAAAAGAUGGCGUCAUAUUACCGUUUUAACUUUAAGAAGUUUAUCGGCAACAAAAGCACACUAAAUAGGUAACAAAAGCAUACUAAUUCUAGAUGAGUGAGAAGUUUAAGGAAAAAGAGAAGCACUGUAGCUUGAUCCUCCUUCAAAACCUUUAAUUGGAUUUUAAAAAAUGUCGCCGACGCACCGCUGGCACAUCACCGACACACAACAGACGUUUCUCAUUAAUUCAAAAGGAAACUAAUGGGUAAUGCGUCGGCCGACGCGUUGAACAAUGCAUCGAAUGAUGUGUUGUCUGGAUCGGAGUCAUCAUCCUACCCCAUUAAAACAAGGUAAUCCUUUUAAACGAUGAAACAAUAGCAUGAGCGUAUUCUUGCUCCGCAAAACGUGGAGAUUCUCAUACUCAUUCAUCUAUUAAUUUCCUAAUCUUCUUUUUACUUUCAUAUGUCUGUGUUAAUUUCCUUUUUUGAUUUGGGGAGACGUGGUAGUUCAAGCGUUGUGUUCCAUUUCGUACUACCGCGCUUCUCUCCAAUAUUUCUGUUUCUGACGUCAGAUAUGCUUACCUUUCUCCAACAGACCGUAGUGCCUUUAUCUCAGUGUAAUUCUCAGCAAAUUUCCAUCACGGGUAAAAUAACAGACGUUUCUCCUGGAGUAUAUGUGCUUGUAUUCGAUAACACCUUCUCCAGGUCAGUUCUUUUGCCAUACAUUUAAUUUCAGGUUUCUUUGCUACCGACAAAGCACGCCAUGACGUGCAUGCCAUGCGUAUUUUUAGGCCGUUUGGGUGGUUGACCCUUCAACUCCGCAAGAUCUGAUGGUUAAUUCUCCUCUCUAGCUGCUACACAUUUCCUUGUACAUUAGUAACGAAAAUUUGGUGUUAGAUCAAGAGAACAACUUCUGCCUGAUAAGUAUUCUCAUUAUCUAUAUGUUGGAUAGCGUAAGGAUAUUACAGGGAGAAAUAACAGUUUAAUCACUUAUGGGAGUUAAAUGAUUAAGAACUGAUUAUCUCUAUGCUAUUUUUGAGCAGCUUUAUUUGAUUGGCAAAGCUAAAGAAGUAAGAGUGAUUUCAGAAAAGGGAAGACUUGAAGUGCUUGCUCUGCAACUUCAACAUAUAACCUUGGACUCGUCCAUUCUUUCUCUCCCACACUAGACAAGAUAGCUUGUCAAGGAUACUUGUUAUAGUAAAUUUCAGGAGUUUCAUUUCUCCUUUUCCCUUUGCAAUUUCCCGGACAAGUGUUCUUGUCAAGUCACCUUAACUAGUAAGAUUUGAAAGGGGUAAAAUGCCAUAGAAACUGUGGUGCAGCGUCGUUGUGGGGUAUUACACAAUUAUUUGGUUUUAUCAACAGAGUUGACGAAGAGCUUGGGGCUCUAAACGUCAGUUUUAGAACGGUGGCCAAUUUACAUCAUCAACUUAGUUAACAAAGCCAAAUUAUCUAUCAAUGAAAUAUCAGUCCUUGAUUAGAAUUUCGUCAGAAAAGUGUCCUUAUUCAAAGGCUGGCCUUUCGACCUUUGUCUAGACACUAAUUUGUUUGUUUUCAUUCAAGAUUUACAUCCAAGCGUUUAUUUUGCCUUUCGAUCUUUGUCUAGAGACUAAUUUGUUUGUUUGUUUUUUUCAUUCAAGAUUUACGUCCAAGCGUUUAUUUUGCAUGGUGCAAGUUGAACAAAAGGAUAAUGAACACGACUCUCUCACGUAGAAAAAGGAAACAGAUAUAAUGUAUUAUUAUAUUAGUGAUGAUGUUUUAUAUUCUUAGAUGUUUUAAUAGAACUAUUUCUAAACAAUUUUAGCGCCAUUUCUUUUAGCUAGUGAUAGAAAAAGUUGGUGUUUUUAGAAAAUGGAUUUUAGGAUAUCUCUUAAAGAGUAAACUUUUUAAAUGACCCAAGUUUUUACUACUAAUAAAAGCUAUAAGUUUUUAUUCUUAAUUUUAAAUCUAGCGUAACUUAAACCCUUAAAAAAAUUCUUCAAUAUACUGUGGUAAUGAACAUUAUUACCACAGUACAUUGAAGAAAUGUUUUUUAAGGUUUAAGUUACCUUAAGUAAUAGUAAUAAUACUUUUUACAGCGGUAAUAUUAUAAGUCAAGUGAGAUAUAUUUGGCAAAAGAGCCUUACAUUCAGUACUACAAACUACUGAACUAAAAAACUUGAAAUGUGUCUGUCCAUACGCACAUUUGUUCAAGCUUUACGAUCUUCCUUAAAACACUAUGAUUCGGUUCAGAUACUGAUCUUUUCAUUAGUUGAAUAGAUAUUAAUCCAUUUUACCGUAUUUUGACGGUAGUCUCUUUUUUGCUUCAACAUGAAAGAAAACUUUUUUUUGAUUUUGGACGAUGUGAAUCCGACUUGUGCAAAGUUUAGUGCCUGAACCGGGCCAAGUCCUUUUUUUUUUUUUCAGCCAUCUGUCGUACUUAGCUACAAUGAGUGGCAAAAAGGCCAGCACGCUCUAACUCUUUUUGAAAUUUUUUUUUCUAUAACAUUUAUCUCUCCCUCUGCCCCAUAACAGUGUCACCUGGUAUUGUUAACAAAAUAGUCACUAAUUUAUAGCAACAUUGUUUAGGGUGCAAGGUUGGGACUUUCGAGAAACAUGAAACAAUUUGUUUUUACUAUUUUGAGUGGAAAUUUUCAACCACCUACUGGCGGGAAAUUAAACGGAGUGAUGAAACCUUUUUGUUCUCGACUGUAAAUGCAUGAAAAUCAUAUAUGUGAACUGCGGUUGAAGAAACGAAUAUGGAAGCGAUCCUCGCAGUUCUGAGCAUUACUUAAGAAGUAGUGAAAGUAUGGCCUUAAAAUAGUUCAGGCCCUUAUGGGAUUUUUUGGGUUAGUAGAGCGCUGCACCGGUAUCGCAAAGGUCAUGGGUUCAAAUCCCGUACGGGCUUGAUUUUUUUUCAGGCCUUAUUUUCACUACUACUUAAGUAGUGUGUUCAUAACUGAAAGCAUCGCUUCCAUAUUCAUUUUUCUUCUCGUCUUUUUCAGUUAUAGUAUACUCUUGCAGGAGCAUAGUACUUAAUGGGCUCCUGAAUUUGGUGAGACAUUACAGGUAGUUGGGUAAAUUAUUCAACCGUGAACACCAGUGAAAUUGAUUGGUGUUCACUUUAUUCAUAGUAAAGUGUUGCUAUCAGAGGGAAAUAUUUUUAUGCAGUGUUGUUACGUCUUCUGUGGGUG